CCGGCCCCCACGGCGGGCGCGGCGGCCGCCCCUCAAGCCCGCGCCGGCCUCCGCCGCGGACCAUGGGCGAUGCGCUCGUCCCGGCGCGGGGGGCUGCGCACAGGCGGCGCCGGAGGAGGGUCCAGCACAAUUGCCAAAGACCACAUUUGAUGUGUUGACCGUCAAAUGGACAAGGGAUGAUAGCUGGGCAACCACAUUGAUGAGAGCUUUCUUGCUGAAAACAAAGAACUUUUUGACUUUCCUCUGAUGCAACUGAAAUACGGAUUUACGUUGACAAAGGAGUUGGAAUAAGUCUGAGUCUCCUGCUUUGUGAAAAUUAUAUAGCUGGACCAUGAACUUACUGAUUGGCUUCAAGUUUUAGGAACCUUUCUAGUAACUGUGAAGCUGUUUGGAAUCAUGGCAUUCUCUCCAUGGAAGCUGUCCUCUCAAAAACUUGGCUUUUUUCUGGUGACUUUUGGUUUCAUUUGGGGAAUGAUGCUUCUGCAUUUUACUAUUCAGCAACAAACACAACAUGAAAGCAGUUCAGUCUUGCGUGAGCAAAUUUUGGAUCUCAGCAAAAGAUACAUCAAAGCAUUAGCUGAAGAAAAUAAAAAUGUGGUUGAUGGGCCUUAUGUUGGGACAGUGACGGCAUAUGAUUUGAAGAAGACACUUGCUGUCUUGUUGGAUAAUAUCUUGCAGCGCAUUGGGAAAUUAGAGUCCAAGGUGGAAAAUCUUGUACUUAACGGAACAGGAGCAAACUCUACCAACAAUACUACCACUCCUGCUCCCGGCUUAGGAACAGUUGAAAAGCUUAAUGUAGCAGAUCUCAUAAAUGGAGCCCAAGAACAGUGUGAAUUGCCUCCUAUGGAUGGUUUUCCUCACUGUGAAGGGAAAAUAAAGUGGAUGAAAGAUAUGUGGCGAUCGGAUCCCUGUUAUGCAAGUUACGGUGUAGAUGGGUCCACAUGCUCCUUUUUUAUUUACCUCAGUGAGGUUGAAAAUUGGUGUCCUCGUUUACCUUGGAGAGCAAAAAAUCCUAAUGAAGAAACUGAUCAAAAAACAGUGGCUGAAAUUCGUAUCAACUUUGAGAAUCUCUACAAAAUGAUGUCAAGACACGAGGAAUUCAGGUGGAUGAUGUUACGGAUCAGACGAAUGGCCGAUACCUGGAUUGAAGCAAUUAAAUCACUUGCAGAAAAACAAAAUUUGGAGAAGAGGAAACGAAAAAAGAUUCUUGUUCAUCUGGGGCUUUUGACGAAAGAAUCUGGAUUCAAGAUUGCAGAAAAUGCGUUUAGCGGUGGCCCACUUGGUGAAUUAGUCCAGUGGAGUGAUUUAAUUACAUCUCUCUACUUACUGGGCCAUGACAUCAGGAUUUCAGCUUCACUGGCAGAGCUCAAGGAGAUUAUGAAGAAGGUUGUAGGUAACCGAUCUGGUUGCCCCACCCAGGGAGAUAAAGUUGUAGAACUCAUUUACAUCGAUAUUGUGGGACUCACUCAGUUUAAGAAAACCCUUGGUCCAUCAUGGGUGCAUUACCAGUGUAUGCUAAGAGUUCUGGAUUCCUUUGGAACUGAACCAGAGUUUAACCAUGCCCACUAUGCCCAGUCUAAAGGCCACAAGACACCGUGGGGAAAGUGGAACCUUAAUCCACAGCAGUUUUAUACAAUGUUCCCUCACACUCCGGAUAACAGCUUCCUUGGAUUUGUGGUAGAGCAGCAUCUGAAUUCCAGUGACAUUAAACACAUUAAUGACAUCAAAAGGCAGAAUCAAUCUCUCGUUUAUGGCAAAGUAGAUAAUUUCUGGAAGGAUAAGAAGGCUUAUCUGGACAUCAUCCACACCUACAUGGAAGUCCAUGGAACUGUUCAUGGGACAAGCACCAUGUAUAUCCCCGGCUACGUCAAAAACCACGGGAUACUCAGUGGGCGGGAUUUGCAGUUUCUGCUGAGAGAAACCAAACUGUUUGUUGGUCUGGGGUUUCCAUAUGAAGGGCCAGCUCCUUUAGAGGCCAUUGCCAAUGGAUGUGCUUUUCUAAAUUUAAGAUUUAACCCACCAAAAAGUAGCAAAAACACAGAAUUUUUCAAAGGCAAACCUACACUCCGAGAGCUGACGUCUCAGCAUCCCUAUGCUGAGGUUUACAUCGGGAAGCCCCACGUCUGGACUGUAGACAUCAACGAUCUUUCUGAAGUGGAGAAGGCCGUGAAAUCAAUUCUGAACCAAAAGAUCGAUCCUUAUUUGCCCUAUGAAUUUACAUGCGAGGGAAUGCUUCAAAGGAUGAAUGCAUUCAUUGAAAGACAGGAUUUCUGUCAUGGGCAGGUGAUGUGGCCUCCAUUAAGUGCCCUUCAGGUAAAAAUUGCUGAACCUGGAAAAUCCUGUAAACAAAUUUGUCAGGAAAGCCAGCUCAUCUGUGAGCCUUCCUUCUUCCAGCAUCUUAACAAGGACAAAGCUCUGCUUAGGCAUAACAUCGAAUGCCUCACCAUGGAGUCUGCCAAUGAUAUUCUGGUCCCCUCUUUUGAUGGAAGAAGGAAGCACUGUGUUUUCCAAGGUGACCUCUUAUUGUUCAGCUGCGCCGGAUCCCACCCAACGCAGCGAAGAAUCUGCCCCUGCAGAGACUAUAUCAAGGGGCAGGUUGCUCUUUGCAAGGACUGCCUAUAGCAGCAGCAGAGCUCCUUUUGAGUUGAGGACAAAAUGUAAGUAGUUUUGAGAGGAGCUACUUAAUACUUCCUGCACUUUUGCCCAGGUUUUUCGCUGCAGGCAGAGCUAUCAUUGCUGGGCAAAAUAAUCUACUAAGAGAGGAGGGAUUCAUACCAAGCAGCUGACUGAUCUUUUUUUCCUAUGAGGACAUUUGCAGUGUAACUCUUCAGAUUCCUUCAUCUGUUUGCGACGAGAAACGAGUUUCAUGUUCUACAGUGAUUUGAAGAUGACUGCACAGAAUAGUUUGUAGAAAAUUCCCAGGUUCAUCAAACUUCUUUAUUUGUUGUUUGGGUGAAGUGUUUUCUAUUUUUUUAACGAGUUAGGCCAUCCCCCAUCGUGCUCAGCUAAAGGAUCUCAACUUCAUUCCAGUAGAAAAUGGAGAAAAGUGGGGGGUGCAGGGGAGGGAGGACGAAGUUUUUAUUCUAGGUGCACUGUUUUGGGUACUGCUUUAGCUUGCGAGGCUCUAAAGUGGUUUACUUCACAAGAACUCCGAAUCACAAGAUAGCUCUGUGCCCUGGUUUGGGGUUAUCUGGGCCUGGUUCUUUUUCCUUUUCUUUUUUCCAAUCUUUGUAUACGACAAGGUAUUGUCUGCACCACCACUGCUGCAUCAGGGCAGUCUAAACAGAGGCUCAGGAGUGAGCAAACAGGCAGUUGCCGGCGUGUGACACAUCUCGGUGACUCUCCGACUGACUGACUCGGGUCGUGGCGUUCUUCGGUGUGGAAGAGCUGCACAGACACCCUGCCGUGGUCGGAGCGGACUUGUCGCAGUUUACUGGCCCCAUUUUAGAGAGUGAUCCUUGGAAUUUGCCCGUGCUUCUGUUGUAGUCUGUCUACUAGAAAUACUGUGUGAAGCAAAAAGUAUUCAGCAUCCUUGGAGCAAUAUUAUCGUUAGAGCCUGAGUUUGCUACGGCUUCCAGUAGUUAAAAGUGUUGCUGAAUGGCAUAGAAAGGUUAAACUAAGCUAACUAUAAUUAUCGUAUGGUAGAACUGUAAAAUGUCUUCAUAACUAGCUAGGUUUUUAAAGAGAAUUUUUCAUUUCUGAAGAAGGAGACAAGUGCUAAGAAAAGCAUUGAUUUAUCUGGUGGGCUCCUUGAUUGGUUUCCUGUUUCAGGGGGUGGUGUCUGGGGUUUCUUCUCUCCUAGCAAGCACACCAGGUUGAAAUUUAGAAUGAAACAAUGCAAGAGUUUGGAAUUCAAAUCAAACUUUUUUUUAAUAGCAGCAAGUUAAAUCUUCUAAACCACCUUCUUUUUAUAGAGGUCACUUUUAGCAGGAGGUGGCAUGCUCGACAGCACCAUUUGUAGUUGGGAAGCAAUUUGCAAAGAUCAGAGAGAAACAAGUCUGCGGUGUGUUGUGAAAGCAGUCCUAGUCUGCAGGUUUGCAACUUGGACGUGCUCUGACCAUACUGGAAAAAACCUUGAAUCAACAUGAAGGGUUUUUUCCCUAAAGAUUUACAAACAUUGUCAGGUAACAAAGGAAAACAUAGAUACUUUAAAUGUUCCUUUCUUGGAUUUAUCUGGUUGGUUCGGCUUUUUCUUGUACCCAGCAUUCAUUAUCUAUGUGUGAGUGUUGAUGUAUGUCAUGACCUACCAAAGACCAAGCAAGGGAAAUGCUAUUUAAUCUUGGAUAAAUUCUCAAGGCAGGAGAACAGCAUAUGUUUAAAGUUUCCAUUUUAAAGCAGCAAAUUAGCUUUUCCAAGUGUUUUUGUUUCCUGCCUCAGCACUCCUGACAGUGUUUUCCUGUAACAUUGCUGUGGGCUACGCAAGAACUUAAUCCUGAGAGAUUGUUGAGUAUCCAAAAAGGAUAUGUGGGAACUGUUGAACAGCAGGGGCACCAGUAGCUGUGUUGUGAGGAUGAUAAAAUCUGCUGUAUUUUAGAGUAAUUUUCCAGAAGCAAAACAGCUGGGUCCUAUAAUGGGAGGCAAACUUUUUGCAUGAAAAGAAAGCAAACACACACUAGUAUGAAGAUCCUUACUGUUACCGUAGCUCGGCUCUUGCUUCAGUCAGCACAAAUGUUUUAAUAGCCUGGAAGAGCUGGGGGAGGAGGGUUGGACAACAAUUCAUUUUGUGUUUCUAUAAAAUAUCCCCCACAUAUCUGUGCAUACUUGUGCAGCUGGAGUAUCUUGUGUGUUCAAAUAUAUACCCUUAUACCUGGUGCUGAAAGGAAACGCAGCAGCCGAAUUUGCCUUCAGCCUCAAGUUCUUCUCCAGCAGGAGUUUAGUUUGGGAUGAGAUAUCACAGAAUUGACAUCAGAAACAAAGAUCUGUGUGUGUGCACUUCAGGAAUGCAGACCAGGUAGUUUUUGCUGUAGUGUAUUCUUUGCUGUAAAUACAGUUUUGCUUGUUCCCCCCCACCGUACACUCCACAUGGCAUAUACCGUGUUUCAUUUUGCCUCUAAACCUUUAAAGAUGAGAUGGUUUUGCUAUUUGUUAUUAUAAGAUUUUCUGGUCUAGUGCUUUGCUCAAUGCUACGUUUGCCUUUACCACAGCAGGGAGAGUCUGUUACAAGCUCUGAUAUUUUUUCAAGCUGUAGCACUGUUUCUUUCUAGUCUACUGAACCGAGUUUCUGCAAACUGGCAAGCCUGAAACACCAAACACCAAUGCUACUUGCAUUUCAGCCAGGGACAGAACAUCUAAAUUGGCCUCAGGAUUGGUUGGGUCUGAUCCUAGUUCCGCUGAAAUCUGUAGGGAAGACUCGUUGUCUUGAGGAAUCAACACCUGUAAUUCAACAGGCCUCUGUUACUGAUUGUAAACACUCUUUUCAGAAGAAAUAUCCCUGAAUGAAUUAGAGCUUCAGUCUAUAUUGCUGUAAAAGGAGGCUGUCACAUGAGAACUCUAAGUGCAUAAACUUUAUAAGCGUUGCUGCCUGAACCCAGUGCAGCGCUCCCCCCGUCACACAGUUGCUUCAUGCGUUGAUAAAUAAGCGAAUCCUUCCACAGAGAGGCACUCAGGCAAAUCCAGGUAGGACUGUUGUAAAGUUUGAAUGACGUACUAAAGCAUAUAAUAUAUAUCUCUCCACUUUUCGGGACAGAAGGCAGCCUUCUGCCUGAGUCCCUUUAACUCUUUUCCUUCCUAAUUAAAGAAUAAAUGUGUAGUCCAACGUUUGCACUUAAACAAGGAUGUUAGAGGUGGGACUGUGCUCCCAUGCUUCAGUCUGACAGCAAAGCCUGCGGCUUCCUUUCCUCCAAAAUCAGGUUUUUGCAUGACUUGCAUUUGAAUCUAUUGAUCAGCGAUUGAUGGGGAAAAAUGUCAAAAGUGGAAUAGAAAACAAGAGGUUUUCCAAGCUUUGAAGCAUAUCUCUCAUAUCAAGACAUUCUUUGUUUGAAAAGUUUGUAUUUUUGUAUGUGACCUAGGUUGGGGUUUGUUUUUUGUUUCAAAAAAACCUUGUUCCUACCAGAGAGAAGCAUUUACAUAUUUAUUAAACUGAACACGGAAGGCUUGCCUUUGAAAGGUCGAGUUGGUAAAUACACACUGUUUAAAAAUGCCAAUAAAAACCUCAUUUAUUUCAUAUAUGCAAGUUGAUUUGCACAUGUAUAAAUAGAGUUGCUUGUUUGCAUUCUUUUUGCUUAGUUUCUAUGGGUUGUUUUUCUUCGUGAUUGCUAGUGGCAGCUGUGUGUUUGCUUGUUCAUACCAGGUUAUCUUUCUCCUACAAAUAUUUAAUGUUGAUGUGCCUUUUUGUACUUUCUUUGGGGUUUGGAUGAGUGUUUGGAAUAUGGACACUGUCUGAACAAGUAUAAUGGAACACUAACUACAGGUAAAAAUAGUGCCUGAUGACUUUACAACUUAGCAGUAUGAAUUUGGAAUGGGUUUGAGUGGAAAAAUCUGGUCUGAAGCUAUAAGGUAAGGAUUGAGAAGAGAAAUGAUACUGUAACUGUAAUAAUUCUUGCAAAACAUUGCUUCUGCAAACAUAAUACCCUUCACUGAAUCCCUGUAACUUGACAUGAGAACUCCUGUUGGGACAGGAUGUCUGUUUAAUGACCAGAGAGCAAACUGCAGCCGUUCUACUCCCCAUGGAGACAGUGUGAACAAAAAACCUCUAGAAACAACCAUAUCUGAUUGGAUGAGCAAGAGAGUUGAAGAUCCACAUUCCAGUUUGUGAGGUGCUGGGUUUCCAGGUAAAGACGUGUGUAUGUGGAAGUGCACAGGGGGUGACUCCUGGUGCUUAACAGAAUACAGUCCCUUAGCGAUACCUGAGUUUGCAGCUCUCAGUGGGGAGGGAGCUCUGAAUAUUCAGCUUGUUGCAGAUGUUUUUAAUGCUACUACUUUUCCACAAGCAGAGUAUUUUGCAAAAUAGCUGCUGCUGAGGUUUUGGUUGGGGCUCGCAGGACAGGGUUGUGGACAGAGCCAGGACUCAGCUCUGCUCCCACCUGUUCCUACCGGCUUAUUGACAAACAUUUGGGCUUGCUCCGAGUUCCUGUCAGUGUCAGCCACCAAUGGCAUUGUUGGCCACUGUCUCCUCACUGAAUCACACAGUACUACUUACUACCUAUUAGGAUCCUACUCAACAUGCCCUUGGUUUACCCUUCGUAUGAAAGACGUGCUCUCCCCUCUCAGGAACGAGGGGCCUGUCUAAAUCACAAAGAUGAUUUACGAGUUUGCAGCACUUUUCACAUAAACAAAAUCCAGCUUGCUUUCUCAAGUAUGUUUUUUGCUCAGUGUGCAUUUCAGGACCAGAUUUUGCUAGGAAAAUAAAUGGAAUGGGACGAAUCAGGUUGGCUACAAUCUCAUCCAUGUCUAAUUAACUUCGUGACUCCCACCGGCUUCAGCGAUAGCACAACUCCUCCAUUAAUUUUUUCUUCAAAUUAAGAAAGCAGCUCUCCCUUUUUAAUCACUCUAAAGCAAUGUAUCUUGUAAGAUAAAGACCAAACACUUGCAGGUUAUGCUGUACACAUAUCAGCAGCCUGUUUUGCUUGCUGUUACAGCAUGUAUCGUCUCUGAUUAAGUUAGCUCUACUUAAUAAAUGAGUCGGAAAAGAACUGGUUGGUUAAAGCUUGGUUAAAAAGCUGCUCAGUUCAGUUUGGAGUCAGAAGGGUGGGGUGUUGGUUGGUUAGUUUUUAGAGACCAGUAGUUUCCAGUUUCACAGUCUCUUUUUCCAGGGGUGCUAACGUUUUGGCAUGGCCAUUUCUUUGUGCUGUUUGCCCUACAGCUGCUAUGCCUUCAACUUUUGACUUGCAAUAUCUUUCCAUUUGUAGUUCUCCUCCGGUCCCUUUGUUUCAGAGGCUGCUGUAAAGCCCAGGAGAACACUGCACUGCCAGAGGUGUGCUGUCCUCUGCAAAGGCCAGGCACACAUAUUCAUUGAGACAGGCUAUUAUAAUAUUACUGUACAUACAAGAACCAAACAUUGCUUUAUGGGCAGUGACUUCAAGCUCCUUGUCUUAUUUUUGAAGCAGCUCUAUAGGUUUUGCUUUUAAUUCACUUUGUAAUUCCCAAAUAGUACAUUGCAAUGGAAUGUGUAAGCAGCAAACUCCGUGUGCUCAAGUGUAAGAUGUUCACCAUAGGAAUGUGUUGAAAACAGCAGAGGCUGAACCCCAGAAUGCCUCAGGUGGGAGGCAUCCUUCAUGUUCUUUCUUCCAGGGAAAAACAAUGCAGUGCAACUGUUGUCAGGGUGUCUUGCUCUUAUAGGUGUAAUCCUUUACUUAUAUCCUUACAGACAUACAACAGUACAUUUGAAUUCAGACCUCCCUCGACAGCACUAAGCCACUUGUUUAUUGAAUGGGUGAAUAGAAUCAGGGCCUCAAAGUUUUGAUGAUGUAAUAACCGCACCUUCCACACACAGAAACUGCUUUGAAGUAGUUGAGUUGGGUUCAAGUGCCCAGUGCCCCUCUCUGUGCUGGGAGGGGCAGCGACGGGGCUCUCUGCGGAGGGCUCUGCCUGGGAACCGCAACGGUGGCCCCGCAAAAGGGCUCAUGGAAGUGCAGCAGUGAGCCCCGCUGUCCUCCCUGUCCUACAAGCACAUCCCAGCCCUGGGCCGGGCCUGUUCCAGAGGCUGCAGCCUGCAGGAACCAGCACAAUCCUUGGCUUUAAGGAGAGUGUAAAUAACGCUGUGGCAUUUCCUGGAGCCAUCCAGGCCCUUGGCAGAGCACACACAGCAUGUCCUGGCUCAGAUUCCAGCACCUGCAAAGUAGUUUAAAGUAUCAAAUAGGUACACAAUAAAUCAAGUUAAAUUGCUGUCUGAAGGCAGUUAAUUUUAACAGGGUUAUACCCAGAACUAAUUAGUUCCAUUCAUUAAUAGGUCUGUGGCAGUGCAGUGACACUGAAAACCAUUUUUAAGAAGUCGUGGGUUUAUUUGGCUUUUGCAAAGGAAUACAGCAGAGAGGGGGGAAACAGCAGCUCUUUACCAAAGGAAAUGAGUAAAUUGUGUGAUAAAAGUUACCCUGAAGGUUCUAAGAGAGUUAAAACUGUAAGGGAAUAUUGACAAAGCUAACUGGAGCUUGGAGAUGUUGAUCCCCCUGAGCUCACAAGGCUGCGCGCCACACGGAGACCCUCCAAGGGCAAUUCGGGCAGCUCUUUGGUUCCUGGACUGAAUCAUUCCCUGGAGGAGUCUCUCUCUCCAUGGGUGAAGGGGGUCAAACUCUGAAUAAUCCCUGUGGCACUGUAAAUUGGGAAAAAAGAACCUACUGAAAUGUGUAAGAAUGAAAGAGUGCGGCUUUUUGCAGAUCAUUAGUCAAUUAGAGCUCAGUCAAUUAGUACAUGAGAACUUGAGGGUCAGGCUGGUUGUCUGCAUUUGGGUUGAAUUCUCUCCUAAAAGGUCAGUCCUUUGUUUUAUUUAACUACUUGUGUUCCACUAUAUUGUGUUCAAGCAGUUUGAUUCAGGAAGAACAGGACACGGUGGUUCAGAUACUGUCAAGUUGCUGGGGUUCAACAGGAUGGGAUCUUUGAGUCUUUUUUUUUCCUUAGGAAAGUAAAUGUCUGUACUUUAAUGGCAUAGGGAAAAUGCUUUGUUUUCACUGUUGUAGAACAAAAAAAUAGGGAGAACUUUAUUUUUCAAUAAACCUUUUUCUUGUGUGAUUUGGA